AUGCCAGCCGACUUUGACAAGCAGAGCUACUGGCACAAGCGCUUCGCUUCCGAAAAGGCCUUUGAGUGGCUCCUCAAGUCGGCCGACUUCAUGCCGCUAGUCGAGCCGGUCCUCCAACGGUUGGACCCGGCCACCGCCCGGAUCCUCCACAUCGGCUUUGGCACCAGCGACCUUCAAAACCACUUCCGGGCCCGGGGCUUCCGCAACCUCCUUAAUGUCGACUACGAGCCUCUCGCCAUUGACCGCGGCCGCGAACUUGAGACGCAGGCAUUUGGAGAUGUGCAAAUGCGUUACGAGGUUCAAGAUGCUACACAGCUCGAUCUAAAAGAAAAGUUUGAUCUCAUCGUUGACAAGAGCACCGUUGACGCGAUUUCAUGCGCCGGCGAGACCCCGCUACGCCGUAUGGCCGCCGGCAUCCGGAAUUGUCUUGCCGAUGGCGGUGUAUGGGUUUCCCUCAGCUACUCUUCCUCGCGCUUCGACCUUGAUGACCUACCCUUUGAUAUCGAGGUCCUUGCCAAGGUUCCCACACCCAAGCUACUACCACAUGAUCCGGACCUAUACUACUGGUGCUAUCUCCUCCGGCCGAAGCGAGACACACCCUUCGACUCCCCCGCCGCAAUGGACGACAAUCCCGCCGGGGAAGGCUAAUGCGCCGGCGCGCGAUGCAUGCAAGUCGGGCAUUUAUCAAGGGUGUAUUAUACACACCAAAGGGAUGCAAUGGAAACACUGAUCCCUGUUCACGACCCCCCCCGAUUUCUCGGUUCGGUUCGCCUCUGGACAAUCAAACUUGACGAAUUUGCGAGAUGGGUCAAAGCGUUUGGGUCGUCUCGUCUCGGCUUGCCGUAGGAUUCAAAGCCACGCCAAGGAGCUUUAAAUCCUACAAAGUAACCCUAUGCCCGAAUUUAGCUUGACAUUUCUCAACACAUGAACCUCAUGUGGACGCCAAGACGAGACAAAAGCAUUUAGAGGGCGAAUAUAGUUGGAGGAUCACUUGACGGAGUCUGGUAAAUAAAAGGGAACAUUUAUUUUGGUGAUUA